AAAAUAAUUAAGAUUUAAUAUGGAUAGUGAGACUGAAGUUAUUCUGCAAGCAAUUAACGAUACCGCUGAAGACAUCUGGAAAGAAUUUGAUGCUGACGAGAGUGGCUUUUUAGAAAGAGAAGAGUUCAAGAAUUUCUGCCUAAAGAUGUCUGAUGCCCUCAACCUUAAAAAGAUCACCGAGGAAGUUAUUGAUGAGAUGAUAAUUAAGUUUGAAGGGGAAUCUGGAGACAAAAAGAUCUCAAAGGAUGAGAUGAAGCGUUACCUUAAAGACUUGUAUGGAAUCAAGGAUGAGACCGAGUAAGAGAUACUAGAACCAUCAUAAUAGUA